UUAACAAGACCUAACCCUAGCUAGGGUUUUUUUUGGCGAGCGAUGGGCUUGCGAGGGUUUCUUGCUGCGGCUCUUCUCAUCUGCCUUUGGAGCUUGAUUCAAGCCGAUCCCAAGGAUGCGUCGACCAUUCUCGUCUCGGAUGUCGCGAUCUCUAUCUGGGACACCGACACUGGCAGCCCCGACUACAAAACAGAGUUGAAAUUCGAGGAGAAAAAAUCCGUUGGGAUGUCCGCAAACCACCUGCAAAAGCUUAAGAUUUCUUUCAAGCUCACUACUCCAGAAGGAGCUCUAUUUUCCGCUCAUCAGGUGUUUUUCCGAUUACGGUAUGGCAAAUCUGAGCGUCUGUUUCUCUUCAAGUCGUCGAAAAAGGGAUACGCUCUUCAGCUGGAUUUCCUUGGACUCGUAGAGGAGCUGCAUUAUCUAUCGGGCCAAUACGACAUGGAUCUCAUUGUCGGGGACGCCAAAAUGGCCAACUCUUUCCUCUGGAAUCUGGGAAGUCUGGAACUCGACCUUCCAGAGCCUCCAGAGGGCGCGUCAAAGAAAACACCGGCCUUGGAGACCGACCCCAUGGCUGUUUUCAAACCAAAAGCCGAGGUAGCACACAUCUUCCGGACUCCCGAGAAACGGCCUCCAACAGCGCUCUCUUACACGUUUCUGGCCUUCACCAUCCUUCCCUUCCUCGCUUUCCUUGUUGGGAUGAAGCUGUUGAAUAUCAACUUUGGCAACGCGCCUACUUCCGGUCUUCCAGCUCUGUCGGCUCUUGCGUUUCACGGUGGCCUUGCAUCGAUCCUUGGGCUUUAUCUUCUCUUCUGGCUCAAGCUCAAUCUCUUCACAACUCUGCAGAUUCUGGGAUUUCUUGGCCUCCUCACAACUGUUGCAGGGUAUGGUAUCUUGUCACACCUUGCAGAUGUGUCCUACAAGGUUAAAGUAGCAUAGCCUUGUAUCAAAUGCUGGACAAAAGUUUUGAAGAUAAGGAACCUGUUUUUCGUUUAUAA